ACUUUGAUUCGAAACGACACGAUACAAAGUCCACUCCAACGUACUCGAACACUGGUUGGAGCUUUCAAAUAAAGCUAGUAAACAUGAAUUGAGUAAAACAAAAUUGAUAUAUUGUAUUUCAUAUAUACACUUGGAAUAGGACGUGCUGAUGCAAGCAUAAUGAUCUACUAAAAAUUAGUGAAAUAUUGCGAUGGCUCACCGGUAAACUAUAUUUUGGUGUUUACGGUUUCAUGCUUGUAUUUGGUUGGAGUGGAAGAGGUCUUAUAUACACGACGCCAAAAUGAACGGGAAGAGAGUGGCUAUCAUAGGAGCUGGAGUUUCCGGUCUUGUUGCGAUAAAAACAUGUCUCGAGGAAGGGCUACAACCCGUGUGUUUCGAAAAGGUCAAACAACUAGGUGGCACCUGGGUUUACAAUGAAGAAGUAGGAUCCGAUCCGACCGGACCAGCUGGUAUCUAUGAUGGACUCGUCACAAACGUGAACAAGGAGAUGAUGGCUUUCAGUGAUUUCUCAUUUCAAAGACACAUUCCACCAUAUCCAUUGAGGGAAGACGUAAGGAAUUAUUAUAUUAGGUACGCUGAGGAGUUUGAUCUGACCAAGCAUAUCCAGUUCAACACAACAGUCGUAGAGGUAACGAAGACUCCAGAUUUUCGCGAAACGGGAAGAUGGAAUGUGUGUACCCAACACGAGGAUGGGCAGCCCCAAUCAGAGAUAUUUGAUGCUGUUAUGGUAUGUACCGGAAUGUACUCGUCCGGUAUAGUUCCGAAUUACCCUGGUCAAAAUGAGUUCCGUCGUCAAAUUUUACAUGGCAGUCAAUUCAGAUGUGGGCAAAACUUCAAAGACAAGACAAUCCUAGUCGUUGGGGCUUCACAUUCUGCCGGAGAUAUUGCCAUUCUGAGUAGUGAUCAUGCUAAGAAGGUAUACAUCAGUAUGCGGGAUGGUGCUUGGAUUGUGCCCCGCAUUAUGGGCAGGAUGCCCACUGACGCAUACGUUAAUCAAAGAUGGAGAGAUCUGAUUCCUAGCUGGAUCUUCAAACCUUUGAUAGGGAUCAAAAUGCAGUCCUUGCUAGACUGGAGAGCACUCGGGAUUCAGAGCAGCAAGCAUCCCGCCAACAGCAACAGCGUCAUGAUUAAUGACCAACUCCCUAUGAAGAUCAUGAGCGGUCAAGUGGUGGUCCGGAGUGGACUUCAACGGUUUGAAGGGUCAAGGGUCAUCUUUGACGAUGGUUCUUACUUGGAUGAUGUGGAUUGUGUCGUUUACGGUACGGGGUACAAUCCAGCAACUCCAUUCCUGAAGGAAAAUAUAUUGGGUAACUCGAAUCAAUUAGAGCUUUACAUGCACGUCAUACCACCCAGGCUUGCACACCCUACGCUUGCGGCCAUUGGUUACAUCCGGUCACGUGGUGCAGUAGGACCGACGGCGGAGCUGCAAGUUCGUUACGCCCUCAAGGUGUUCAAGAAAGAGGUUAAACUACCAAGUCAUCAAGACAUGAUGGCGGACGUGACAAGAAGAAAGGACGCUGUCGUCAAACAGUAUGGUGUAAACCAACCUAAGAUCCUCCCGACUACCUACAACGACGAGCUUGCUCGAGCAAUCGGGGCUCUACCAAGUUUCUGGAGUCUGCUCUUGUCAGAUCCGAAACUGGCUUACCACUUUUACUUUAGUCCAGCAUUUCCACCUUGGAACAGAAUGGUAGGUCCACACUCUAGACCAGAUGCCCGUCAAAGGAUCCUCCAAUGUAGAGAAGAUCUCCUACAUGGGAUAGCAUUGAAAACGGUUCGCCCUGGAGCACUAAAACGUUUGGAAGACGUCGACAGAAACAGGACUGUAUUGAUUAUGCUUCUCGUUUUAUGUUUAUUGGGUUUCCUCUUGGCAGUAGUAGUUUAGAAUACAUUAGAUAAAUUUUGGUGAAGGUGAUUUUAAUCUCUUACUGAAAAAGAGCUCUACUGAAAAAGGAAAAUGUCCAUAGGACAGUCGACUAUCAUCAUCAUGUAUAAUGUCAAUGUAUGAUGGCAUCCUGGAAAUCAUGGAACAGGGGCAAUGCCUUUACUCGAUCCUAGUCGACUGUGCCCCCAUCCAGCCUUUUCAAACAAGUGUCGAGUAUGCUGGAUGCAUUCCCAAGGGACUGUAGGAUUUUGAGAUUUCCAAACAUAAGUACAACAUCAUUUUCUUUUAGUACCGGUAUACUUUUGUUACAGUAUAAUUUUACUAUUUCACACGCAGAGCGGCUCCUUUAACAUGUUUAGGUAUACGCCACCCGGAGUGUUGAGCUAAACCCAUGUCAAGAUUCAUGUGUACGUGCAUACAAUAUUAUUGUACAUUGUAUUACCAAAUUUCACUUGGAGAACUCGAUGAAUUGCUUUGGACAAAGUGUAAAAGAUCCUUACAUGAACUUUAAUACGUUUAUUAUGAUUGGACUUUGAUAACUAUAUUAUUAUUACUAGACCUAUUGGUGGUAUGUACACAUAAUGCUGUCGUUCAUUAUACAUGUACAAUAAAGACAUUAAUCUACAUUUGCUAUAUUCCAUCAACUUCAAGGUGAGGUAACUGGCUAAAUGUGUACCUCAUCUGGUAAUGGCAGCCGUGCUAAAGCCAGGGUGAUUAUUAUGGAGCGACAUGAGUGGCAUUGUGCAAGACAUUGGUUCUUUGCAAGACUCUAUUAAUAUUAUUAUUAUCAUCAUCAUCAUUAUCAUCACUCACCACGUGUCUGUGUGUUUGUUGCUUUCAUACAACUGUCAUAAAUGAUUUGUUACAAGUCAUAAAGAUUCAGUCUCGAUAAUCAUGAUCGAUGUCAUCAUCAUUACAUUAGGGCCAAGUAAAUUAUAGAAUCCUAUGCAUUCUACAAAGUGCAAUUUCGACACAUCUUUUUCAUGAAGUUCCACGUAUCUAUACUGUACAGAGGAGUAAAAUAGUUCAUGAUGAUACUUUUCUACACAUAUCAUGGAAUGAAUAACGCAUGCUGAAAAAGAAACUUGCCCUUUUUCCUAUGUUAAUUAACAUAACUGAAUUGUAAGUAAUCAUUUGUUUAUUUUUCUUUCGUUUUAUGUAUUCAGAUGUGAAUGUGCUAGGAUCCGUUUUCCAGAUUAUUAGUACUUGUAACUUUUAUUGCAUGUUUUUUUACAAGAAAGUAUAUAUAUUUGUAAAAAAGGAAAAUACUCUAGCUGUAAUAUCAGCAACAACAACAACAAAUAUAUGAAAUUAUAAGUUGUAUGUUUAAACAUUUUUUCAUCAUAUUCUGGGCAAUAAACUUUAAUCGUCAAUUUUCAUUA